CUUUUGUUAGAGUCAAAAUGGCGGACAAUUCGACUGACAAGGGUCCAUGGACGAAGAUGUUGGAAUCUUUCAUCAGAUACGUUGCGUUGAACCCAAAGGAGUUUCUUCUCUAUGGUAACUAGCUAUGUAUUAAUUUUAGUCAGGCUUCUAAUGUUUUAGUUCAAACUGUUUUUCAGAAUUGACAAUGUAAUUAUUAUUACGUUGCCUUGACACGUACCGUAUUCUGAGUAUUUCCUUGAAUAAUAGCGGUCCCUCGAUUAGUCGCCUCCCUUUGACGGAAAUGUUUAAAAUAAUCGCCCCCUUUUGGUGCGAAAAAGGAAAUAAUCACCCCCAGCUAUUAUCCGAGGAAAUACGGUAUAUGAAUUAGGCACCCAUCCCCAUAACUUCAGUUUCAAGACUAUUGACUAACAGUAAUCAAAGUCACACAAUUUUGAAAAGUCAAGAGAUCCAUUGCUAGUUUUACUAAGGUGCUCAUUACGUAUGAACAGAACUAUUAACUGUUGUCUUUGGCGACAGAUGUCAAAUGAAGGCAGUGAAAAUUGAGAUUCAGAUUACUACUUAAAAAACUGACAAAAGGGUAAUUUUUCAAGAUCAGCUUGAUAAGCAACUAAUUUUGAUCCUCACGAAUUUAUGAGGAGUUUACACUAUUUUUCCUACAGGACGUCUGUACAUUGAAUUCGCCCCCAAAACCUUUACUUACCCACUUAGCAAGUUAAGAACAGAAUUUACUUUCCAGUCAUAAAAUCCAAAGCAAGCUCUCCAUUUAUGGUGAGCGAAGCAAGCAGUAAAGCGGCGAGGGGCAAAGGAAAGGAGAGCUUGCAACGAUCUCUCAUAAAUUUCCAUUUCUGCUUUGCCCAGAUGAGGCGAAAUACCAUUGGCUUAAAAAUGACUUGCCGUCAAUAAAUUUUGACUAAUGACAUUCCUUGCUUAUGAUGCUUAUUGAAGUCUGGAAUAUUAUGGUUACUCCUUUCUCUCUGUGAUGGGACAGCGAUUUUUGAAGUCAGUGUGGCUGUAUUUUUUACCAUUCAGUUUGGAUCUCAACCCCCUGAAAUAUAUAAGGCCGUGAAUCAGAAGGCUGAAAAGGGGUUGCCAGGAAAACAUUACAAUACUAAAUCUCUCUGUGUUUGUUGUGUUUAAAAGUGUCCCCACAACAAAAGCAGUUGAUUUCAUAUCCAAAUGGAUGCAUGGGAGAUAGAUGUCCUCAAGAAAAACUAAAACCAUUGCAGUGAUGAAUAAACACUUUUUUUGCCAUAGUGGAAAGUAACAAAUGCUAUUUUUGAUGAAUCCAAAGUUUAAACAGAUGUAACAGCUUUGCAAUUGAAGCAACAUGUUUCUGCUGAAUUGAAGGAAUAUUGUAGAUCCUACUCUGCUUCUAAGCUACGAUCCAGACCAGAACGUCCGGACCAAUUUAUUGUCUUCUUUUAGUAGUCUUUUCUCUGUGCAAAGUUGUAAUAUUCUGCUCCUGGUACCCUAGUGUAACUGGCACUUUUGGCUUGGCCCGAUGCGGGUAUAAACUGACAAACGGCUGAGAAAGCUUAGAAGAUUUUCCCACUCGACCUCCACUCAAUUACUGUAAAAGCCCAGAAUAGUCUAGGUACAUGUACAGAUGGUCACAAAUCAUGCUAAAAUUCACCACGUACUUCAUCUACAGUUGUGUUUAUAAGAUUGGUGUUUACUUUUACGGUUUCAAUUCAAUUCGUGCUCUUUAUUGCUUUGUACUACUUUUAUUAAAUUUGUUGAAAUGACCCACCUAAGGUAAGGAUGUCUUAUCUGAAAAUGUUCCCCCUAAAACCCCAAGCAUGAUUUUGAAAAUGACCCCCCAGAAAAAAUUGCCAGCCCUCCCUCACAGGUAAUAAACAACCAUCCUCAAAGUUAAACUGUUUGGCGUUUUUUGCAGUGUUUAUAAUUCUGACCCCGUUGAUGAUGGUGAGUGGAUAUUUGUCACUGAAGUUAGCCAAACACAUUGAGAAAAAUGAGAAGGACAAGAAGAAGAAAUGUGAGUGAUAUUACAAUGUACCUUGUUUGGUACAUUAGUAGAUCAUGUUGAAAUCAAAUUAGUUGUGCGAACAUAUGUGCAAAAUCAUCCACCAUUAAUUUAUACAAUAAAUUAUAUUACAUAAUGUCAUCCUUGCCCGGGCUGUAUAACAAUGGUCUGGUACUUAAAAUUAUUUAUGAUAAUUACCUAUGUAGUUUUUCUCAUUUUGCUUUUAAGCCCAUCAGCUUUUCAAUUUUUAACUUAAUUUUUAAUCUCCUUUGAUUACUUUCAAAAACCAAGCUAAAUUUUUUCGUGAGGUGCUGUUACAUACACCAUGGUUAAAGGUAUUUCCCAUGUUAAUGAAGCUGUGUGGUAAAUUUUUACUUUGGUUAGUUUACCAUGCACAUGUGAAUUAAUUCCAAGGGUAAUUUAGCCACUGUUACGGCUUCAUUCGCGGUACUGUGGUAUUUUAUGUUGAAAAUUUUCGUAUAAUUUAGAAGGAAAUAUUUCAGCUGGUAUGUUAGUCCUGAUAAUUUAGCGAAGGUUCACAGCAUCUCUUUUAAUCUUGUUGCUACCUUUUUACAGUUCAGCUGCAUCCCCUGUCCGAUUACAUGCCAGGAAUAGGAUUAUACUUUUGGGAAAUAUAACAAUGUCCCUAAAUUUAACGCAAUCUUAGCUCAUCUUAACGUGAAAUCUGCCAUAAAUGCCCAUGUUUCUUGGCUCAAAAGCCUAAAGAAACCUGUUAAAAAAGCAGUUGUUUUGGCGGUUUCAUGUUGGUGGCAAAUGAAGAAACAUGACUGGCUCUCUUGCCAAGGGUUGCAAAAAGCCCUCACCAUUUUCCACAUUGAAUGUCAUGAGAAGUUUCUUUCUUCUUUUUGAUAUACAUAACCAUGCAUAUUUCCCAUGGGAAAAGUGUUAAAAUUGUCCCGUGUAACUGCAUCUAUUAAUUGAUAAAGAUCUGUUUUCAUUUUUUCUACUCAGCUGCUCGCCAAAGCAACAUUGCUAAAUCAAGACGUAGGGCAAAAGCUGACUGA